AUGGAAUAUAAUGAAAACAAUGGCAGAGUCAUGAUGACAACUAUCCCAACUUCACCUCUUUCAAAACAAUUAUUAAUAACUACAGAUCCAGAAAUAGGACGAAUACGAAAAAUUGUUUUGGUUUUUUGUGGCAUUUGUCUUGCACUUUGUAUAAAUGGUUUAAUUUAUUCGCUAUUUUUCGAUAUGAUUCAAUAUAGCCCAAUAACAAAUGGACGUCUUAAAGAAUUUGGUGAAUGA